GAUCUUGGUAUGUAUGAUGAAUAAGUUACAGCACUAUAUCUCUGACAUAUAUAUGUUGAUCCCGUAUAUACUAAAGCUUAAAAUUUGAUCCAUCUUAAGGUUAUUUCUAUAGCGGGAAGGCAUACUACCAGUACCUCUGUCCAGAUUUUAAACGGGGUUGAAUCAGUGAAGCUGUUAAAACGGAAAAGGUUGCCCACAGUGCGAAUUUCGGAUAUUGUCUUGUAGCGUUUAUUGGAGUUUAAACCCAAAUUCGAGGAAAGAGAAUGUUGAUUAAAAGGCUGAAUGACUGUAAACAUGAUAAACUCAAUGCUAUUGCCGAGACAACAGAUGUCCAAUAAAGUAGUGACUGUAGGACUAUGCAUUGGAAAUAAGUUCCUGUUUUUUCAAUAUGUUACCUUGAUGAAUUUUCACCAGUCUUUGUGUUAUUACAAUUCUGUUAAUAGAAAUACUUCCAGUAUCUUUAGACUGUACAGACUAUAAACUGAUCGGUCUUUCCCUGAGUUGGUGUCAAGUCUGCCAGUAUACCUAGUGUGAGUGUGUCGAAUGUUUUCUCAAUGAGUUUGUCGGAUGAAUGGGAAGUUAACCGGUUGAAAUGGUGUUGGACGUAAGUAUUCGGCCAGCAGCACAACACGAUUUUUUCCAGCGGAGCAACACCGGAAGCAUUGCUACAUAUAAAACCAUUAGUCGGUCAGUGGUAAACUAUGCUGCAAUAUGCCGCUUUAAGGACUGUAACGGGCUGCUUACAAAUUACCUCGGAACAUCAUCCGCAAGAGGAAACGAUGGUCCUCCCAGUCAAGGAACACAAUGUCAUGCUGACUAAACAAUUCUUCCUAGGAUGUCAUCGGAGGAGUCAUCUCAACUUUAACAUCACACAGGAAGGAUUCUCAUUUAUACAAGAAAAAUAUAUGCAGGAUCCAUUGGCAGCUUUGAAUGACAUUAAUAGAGACGCCAAAAAUUUGGCUGUCACAGGAUACCGGAUGAAUGUCGUACUUGGAGGUGGCCUACCGUCUAUAACAGAUACGGAAGGAAACCUGCGGCGGAAAGCAAGAGUAGUUCUGCCACAACUACGUACGGAAUGGAGCAAAAGGCUCAAUGUCUACUGGUCACGUAUAGGCCGUGCCGUUCCCAACGAAUGUCAUGCAUGUGGUCAGGGUCCCCGUGACAUCCACCACAUAUUUAACUGCCCAGCCAACCCUACUUCGCUUCGUCCAAUACAUUUAUGGACGCAUACAGUUGAAGUAGCACAAUUUUUUCCCCUAAAUAUACAAAUAAAUCGACCAAUCGCAUAAUGAUUAGCCAGUUAUAUAUUGAUACUGUGUCUGUCUUUUUAUUAAGUUUUUUUAUUUAUAAACAUUGAUUUCAUGAAGAAUUUAAGUUACA